CAGAGGACACAAAAGCGCGUCGUCUCCGCCCUCGCCCUAUUCCAGACUCUACUGUUGCGCUUCAGAUCGAGGCCUUCGAUUAAGCUGCUGAAUCGCCUUCCAUGUCGGCGCUGUUCAAUUUCCACUCCUUCUUGACGGUGGUGCUUUUGGUUAUCUGCACCUGCACCUACAUCAAGAUGCAGUUCCCUGCCAUCCUCCAGAAGAGGACCGGGUUUCGUGGCUUCUUUUGGAAGGCAGCCAGAAUAGGUGAACGCCUAAGCCCUUGGGUAGCCGUGGGUUGCUUCGCCAUGGGCAUUUCCAUUAUUAUCUUCUGAGCAACGGAGGUGGGUUUGGUAAUUUACAUUGUUUUUUUUAAUAUAUCCUGGAGUGCAUCUGCUUCGUUGACACAUGUAGUAGAAUGUAAAUUUGUUGAGGUUGAAGAAAGAUGUAUGUGCUAACAGGAAGAAACCUUGUACGACAUUCUUCGCCCAUGGAAUUGCAAUGACAUUUUUUUUUUCUAA